CUGGUGUAGGAAGUAAACCCUUACGCCCUAUUAUCAGGCUUAAAGCUUGUGGAGUUUUGGUGUACUUCACCAUCUUAACUGGAGACAGAUGCAGACUCAGAGGUAAUAGAUAAGAGAGACAACUCUGCCUCAGACACAGAUCAAAAUGACAGUAACCCACAUGAGCCCACUCAGCUUCGACCCAUGGAGUCCUCGCUAGCUCGAGGCCCCAGAGUGGUGCACCCAGACGGCUUUCUGCGCUCGCCAGACAGCAGCCCAGUAUCCACCACCACCCCGUCUCGUUACCCAGAGGGUGCCCAGAUCAAUGGAGGCUCCCCAACCUCCUCUAUCAAACAUUCGCUCCCGUCACCCAAAUCAGUGUCACCAACGCCUUUAUCGUCAUCACACAUUGCCCAGCGGCUUGGGGAGACAGUGACGAGCAUGCCCGACCAGAGCCGUUCUGAGGAGGCGUCUCCUCGAGUCGUCUCCUCCACCCACCUCUCCUCGCGCCACACGCCCGAUAACAUCCAGCACCGCAUUCUCACACCAACAGAGAACGGGAACUACCAACCCUCAAGUGCCGCCAGCAAGUCCCCAAAGACCCCUCCUGAGGGCUCGGGCUACAGGAUGGCCAAUGGCCAAGAAGUAAGCAGAUCUGUGGCCCCAGUGCCCUCAAGGGUGUUUUCUAAUGUGCACCAACAAUCUAGAGCAGUUACAGCAGAACAAGCACUAGAACAGCAGUUGCGACGCGACUCCUCCACUGGCAGAAUGUCUGUGGGCGGGCAGCCGAUGUUUGUGUCUGCAUCUUCCCACGGAUCCCAUGACACCAUCGUCUACACAAAUGGUGCCAUUAGCUCGGGAGCGGUUGUGAAACAACCACAGCUGUACACUAACGUACCACGGACAGUGUUAGAGGUACAGACUCCCGGUGCUGUCAGCUCCUCUGACCCCCAGCAUGGCCCUAAAGUCCUAACUUGUGCCGACGGAACGGUUGUGAUGACAUCGAAUGUGGCCCGUGGCGUUCAUGCCCUCCCCGUGGUGGAAUCACGGCCAUCGACGGUUUCUCGUGAGCUGAUGGGCCAAGUUGUGGUGCAGCCGGGUGUGGUGAUGAGUACUGGAGGUACAGUCUCCCUGAUGGAACCUCAACCUUCCAACCUGUCCGGUGCUGUUGUCAUCCCUGUGGAAGUGGCCAACACGCCCAGGACGGUGCAGUCCAUCAGCGAGUCUGAGUCCACUCUUAGCACGAGCACUGGCACCGCCUCGCCGGUGGAAGCUCAAUCCUCCACCAAACUCAAGUGUCUGGUGUGUGGAGAUAAGUCAUCAGGCAUCCAUUACGGAGUGCUGGCCUGUGAGGGGUGCAAGGGAUUUUUCCGCAGAGCUCUACAGGAUGUUGGUGAUCCCAGCCGUAAGAAAUGCUUCUACAAUAAAAACUGUGACAUCACAAUCCUGACCAGGAACAGAUGUCAGUACUGUCGUCUGCAAAAAUGUCUUGCUCUUGGAAUGUCAAGAUCUGCUGCAAAGUUGGGGCGGCGGUCUCGUGAGGUCAGGGACAUGAUUCGUACCAUGGAGGACCACCAAACCACACAGGCGCUACAUGGACUUCUUAGUCUCAAGUCAGACAACGGCUCGUACUCAGGCUAUGGAGAACUCUCCAUACAGCGAGAGGAGCAGACAGCAGACAUAUCAUCUACUAACAAUGAAGAAAAACCUGCAGAACACUCUCCAGAUCAGGGCCCAUCUUCGAUGGCAGCCUUGUCGGCUCUGCUGAGACAACGUUCCCAAUCCAACCUAGCCACGCCUAAACUUGCGGAGAACAGUCCACAGUCAGCGGCUAACUGCCACAAUGAUGAUCAGCCAGUGGCCAACGAACCAACCAAACAUAUCAAACGAAACAGGGUUACCAGCUCAGGGGCACCAAAGAAACGGAGGCGACAGACCAGCGCAGACCAGGAUUCCUCUAUGACCAAUGGCCUUGCUCCUCUAGCUCUCACGUCACAAUCCACGACAACCGGCACCGUCACGUCAACAGUUACCAUUGGAGACCAAGGUAUUAAGCGCGAACCAAUACCGGUAUCGUUUCCAGUGUCAGUGGCAGCGACCAGUGUUCAGAUGGCAAAUGUGAAAACUGUGGCACACCCCGCCACCAUGACCUCCCCAUCUGUACCCUCUUCCUCGGUGGUGGGGUCGCUUCUUCGACUCCCGCCCCAAGUCACACUUAACUUACAGGAGGUUACCUCCCCUCACCUUAUCGUCAAGACUGAGUACGCUGAUGGUCAUGCAAAAGAGGAGGUGGUGCGCUCUUACCUCCCUCAAGUUGUUCCGCAGUACCACUCACCAGUGGUGGUCCCCAAAACCAGCGCAGCUCCACAACAGCUGGCACACUCGGUCAUCGUGGCUAACAUGUCUCUGGACUUGCGUAAAAAUCCCUCCACCAAUGGGAAGACAGACGAGCAGAUUAGUCGAAGUCCAAUCAAAAAGAGGCCGUAUGUGGUGGCAGAUCAGGACAUAGGUAACCCAGGAGCAGGGGAUGUUUCUGACCGGCAACGAAUGAAAGCAUCGUACGGAGACGUGGUCAUGGCUCAAGGUGUCCCGCUCAACUUACAAACAGUCCCCCUGGUGGUCAAUGGAGACAUGAUCCCUGUGUCACGAAUUCCUGUGUCCGGUAACCAUUACAUGAAGCGUGAUUUAGUGUCGACGCCAGAGCACACAGCGGUCGUGGCCCCCAUAAUAAAAUCUGAGAUGUUGACGUUCGCACGCCAGGAUCUGGAUGACGCCAAGAUCUCUAUCACUACCAUGACAACACGAGUUCUAGAUGCUUACCUCACAUCCUUUGCGAUAAUGAAGCUAAAGAUGAAGGAGAUGAGCCAAGAACUCCAGACAUAUCGUCGGCAGAACACGAUGGAGGGAAUGAUAGGGCGUAUUGUGGCAGAACAGUUGGGGCAUUCGGACAAUGGUAGAUUGAACGACUCAGACCCAAACCACAGUUGGCAGGGCUUUCAGAAGCGAUUCAACGAGUUUGUUCAGUGCGUUGUGCAGUUCGCCAAGAAAAUUCCUGGCUUUAACAUUCUCGAUCAAGAUGACCAAAUCUGUCUCAUCAAAGGAGGGUGUUUUGAGGUGGCGAGUGUUGUACAUUCAGGGUUUGUGGAUGGAGAAACGAACACAAUUUACGUUCUGGACACUGGCGCCCUGCUUACCCGCGAGGAGAUGAAGAAAAACUUCCCACUGGGAGAGCAUUUUGUGGAGCUCAUGUUCAACUUUUCUGUUCGUUUUAACCAGUUCCAGCUGAAGGAUCUUGAGAUUGCUCUCUUCAGCGCUCUCAUACUGAUAUCACCUGAUCGCCAGGGACUGAAGAAUCGAGAGAAGGUGAACAAGCUACAGGAGACUUUAAUCCAGGCAUUACAGGCUCAGAUUACAGCUAGCCAUCCAGAUGAGGUGGGGCUCUUCCCGCGUCUUCUCAUGAUCAUCUCAAAUCUGCGAGAACUCAGCGUCGAACACAAGCGCACCCUCGACUCGCUGAAGGGGCAAGUGGAGUUUGAGCACGACCUGUAUGCAGAAACCUUUGACCUGGUGCCGCAUUGAACUCAUUUCUAUUUUCCCCACCCCCACCCUCUUUAUUACCUGAUUUAGACUCAACCAUACCAAUGUUGUGUCUAUGAGUGAAUGUUCCAUACGUUUAUUGAAGAGGGGAGUUUAGGAGGUAUAUAUUACACAUUUCAUUUUCCACAGUGGUGAAUGUAUGUAUGAGUGUCUGUCUGGUCACUGAAAAGAGUUAAAACCACCUUUACUUCCAUUGCAGUCUAUUUUGUGUAGUUUAGUGUACAUGUAGGUAGAAGAAAGUUGACAGUGAACCUGUCUAGUACAUAGUGCUGCAUUCAUGCUGGGCAUCCCAACUCUGCUUGAAUAAUACUUGUUCACAUCCAUUGUAUGUGUAUAUAAUAUCUGCCUGAUAGCAAGCGUCAGAGCACAGCUUGAUCACCGGAAAACAAUACCUUUGUUUGCAUAAUUUAUUCACGAAUUUAAAAUUCAUGUCUCACACAUGUAGGUGUAUACAUGUACAUGUAGAUGUAUGUCACUGGCUCCUCAGCGGCAUGACAGAGUAAGGAUGAACGCCACUUUAAAGACAAAGUCUGUUGGAAUUAUGGUUAAUUCUUGACAAGCGUAUGUCAUGUUUAUCAUGUUUGAUAUGGUUAUGACCUUGAGCCAGUCAUGGUUGUAUUCUUCAAUCUAUGUAGCUCUUGUUUUAAGAGUGUGAUAAAUACUUUAGCACAUUUUCUAAUGAUGACAAGUACUGGUUGUUUAUUUCCUGACUGAAGACAUGUGGAUGCACAUACCUGUAAAGCUACUAGAAAGAAAUGCGCCAUGGCGCUCAGUGCUUCUCUCUUGAUAUGUUUAAAAGCAGCAAAGUUCAGGAUUCAAAUAACCGAUUUACAUGACAAGCGUGCAUUUAUUAGUGUGCAUUAUGAUUACUGCUGAACGGCAGUCUAGCAAUACAGAUUCAUGACUAGUGUGCAUGAAUUCACCAGUGUGUUCAAUGUUUACAGCUUAGCAACUUAGUCCCAUGACUAGUGUGCAUUCAUCAGUGUGUAAGAUCUUUAUAGGUCAGUGGUAGCCUGUCCACACAUUUCCAUGACUAUGACCAUCCAAAAGUGUGUGUGUGUGUAAUGUUUACAGGGCUUUGCCCUUGAAGGGAAUCGGGGAGCCUUAGUCUGAUGGCUUGGUUUCUGUGAUUUUGCGCUACAGUAGUGGUGUUCUAGUCACUCAGUCCCAAGGCUUUUAAAGCUUACAGCUAAUAUGCAUUCAUCAGUGUGCUCAGUGUUCACAGUUUGCAGUGACUUAGCAACACAGCCUUAAGACUAGUGCACAUACAUUAGUGUGCUAAGUGUUUACAGCUCUACAGUAGCUCAGCAACACAGCCUUGAGAUUAGCGUACAUUCAUCAGUGCAUGCAAUGUUUACAGCUCCUCAAUGGCUUAGCAACACAUCUUCAUGACUAGUGUGCAUUCAUUAGUGUGUACAGCAUUUACGGCUCUGCAAUGGCUUAGCAACAUAGCUUUGAGAUUAGUGUGCAUCAUCUGUGUGCACAGUGUAGUGUGUAUGACGUUUACCGGUCUGCUGUAACUUAGCACUUCUGUGUCAUGACUAGUUUGCAUUCAUCAGUGUGUCCAACAUUUACAGCUCUGCAAUAGCUCAGCAAAUCUGUAACAUGACUGCAUCGUCAGUGUGUAUGAUGUUUAAACCUCUGCAGUAGCCCAGCAAAUCUGUACCAUGACUGAUGUGCUUUAUCACUAUGUACAUGCACGAUGUCUAUGACACAGCAGUGGUGUAGAUACACACACUUAUUUCUAGCAUAUGCAUCAGACUUUAGUGUUUGGUUGAAAAAGCAGUCGUCAUUACCUAUGUGUAGUUGUCAGUCCUUGGUGUGUACAGGUCUCAAGAAUUAGUCUUGGUUUAGUUAAAGAACGUUAGAAAAUCUAAUGUGAAGUGGUUAGUCUGAUGUGUAAAGUACACGUGAGUUUGACAGUUAAAUGUGUGCUGGUCAGGUCUUGAUGUUUGAUGUGUUUAUAACUCGGUGUUGGUUCUGCAAACUGUGAUUGGUAAUGUGAACUGUUCAAUAUGGUGUGCAGUCGAAAGUUGCUGUGCUUGUCUCAGUGCUGGUUCAGUAAAAAGUGCGUCACAGUAUAGUCUUCAGUUUGUAUUGAUUCAGCAGUGGUGCUGUUGGUGUUCUAGAUUGUACAUGUUUCACAACUUAAUGGGCUGAAAUUUCAAGCAUUGUGGGAUUACAUACAGUUUUCUUCAAACGUAUGUCAUAGACUUCCAAUAUCAUCAUUGGCACCAUUUUGAUUGCUACUUUGUGAUUGCCAUUAAGUGGAUAAAAGGUGUUAUGACACAUUCAACAAAAAAUUCCGUAAGAAUGUUUUCUCUUUCUUUGAUAGGGAACAGUCAUGUGUGUGACAAAAUCAGAAAUUUGAUAUGAAUAGAGAUGUAAUUAUUUCUGUUCUGGAAAUCUAUGUGCUGAUCCUAUAAAAAAAGUUUUAUAAAACACUGUGAAUGAUCUUGUAUGCCCUAUACCACUAAAAAGGUCAUUGCAAAUUGCUGUAGAAAGAAUCCUUUUGCACACCAUUCAUGAUUAUCUUUUGCAGUCACAUUGAGUAUAAAAGGCAGCAUAAGAUCUGAUUAUGUGUCGCAGAUACGAUCAUGACAUAAAAUUGCAUAUGCUGUAUUUCACCUGAAGUUUGGUACAGAUGCACUUUUAGAAGCACAUAAAGACAUUAAAAUUUACUUUUGAUAUCAACACUUCAGAUUUUCUGGUAAGAAAUUAAUCGUACUUCAAAAAAACCUCUUGAAGUAGCCCUGUAAGGUGGAAGAAUUCAUCAGAAUCAAGAAAAAUAAAAUGCACCACUUGAAAAGUGCUGAACUUUAUAGGUGAAAUACAGUAUAAAUGUACAUUUGUACUGACAUAGCAAACAUAUUUCAUAAAACCAAUACAUGUACCAAUGUGUGUAACAGGUGCGAUGUGUCCGGUUUGAAGAGCUUGUUCUCCCACGCUAGACCUGUAGAUGUAAGUGAUGUAGCUGUUUGUUGGACAUCAAGGGAGACAACUCUCCACUGAAGGGAGAUGACCUUGUGUAAAUGACAGUUUAAUUAAUGUCAUGAGCUAUUCAUUGUCAAGGGCUCAGUAGGCUUUGCCCACCAUGCUUCUUUGAGUGUCAUUUAUCAUCAUCAUAUAUGCAUAUUCAUGUUUGCCCACAUAUGGAACUAACUUCGCUGGUGUUGAAAAUGUGUGUCUGGAGACUGCUUUAGAAAGCUGCUCUGAUUAGAUACGGCAGUUUUUGUUUGAAAGUGCACAUAAAUCACUGAGAGUGUAAGAUUAAAGUAAGUUGAAUUUGUGAGUGUUUUGCAGUAUUUAGUACUUAAAGUGAUGUGUGCUGUGUUCAGAUAUAGUCAUUAACAGUUCACCCAGUUGUGAUUAGAUUUAAGUGCCUCAACAGGUACAGGCUGACCAAUUAGGCAUAUUGUGAGUCAAUCAUCAAUUAAAUGUAUUCAAAUGUGUGUUUAGUGCUUUUUCUACAGCAUUUUUAAUGCUAAAUAUGCAUUUUGGCUACAAUAUCAAUUCAAAGAGAGCCAGUGGCAAGUGUGUAAAACAACAUCAUCCUAAGGAAGGUUGAAUUCACCCCAUGUUCGUGAUGCAUUUCUAAUGUAUACAAAGCUAGAUAGAUCUUUGUAUGUAUAGACACAAUUAUGUACACAAUCUUGGUGAUACCAAACCUUUUUUAUUUUGGCAAAAAAAAAUGUGUACUUUAAAAGUGCAUUUGCUUAUGCCUAUCGCCUUACUGUAGGUCUCAGUCCUUUUCAUUAUUGAAAGUAUGUGUACAUGUAAUUGCCAUUCAUAGUGAAAUCAUAUGCCAAGCAGACUGCAAAAACCCGCUGUGCUGUGUUUGUUGACUGAGAAUACUAGAACACCACAUUUUAUCUAUGCUGCAACAUUUUCCAUUCAUUUCCUUCUGGUUUUGUUCAGCUUGACUGAUGUUUUGCUGGUUGGUAUCAAAGGAAAUCUGUGGUACACAACAAGUUUUUUGUCAGCAGGACUCGCUCAUUUCACCUCCCAUUUGCCGAUUCCAUGGUCAUCUUGAUGUACACGAAUGGUACAUUCUCUCCACCUGUACCGUCGUGUUAUGUUAAAACAUUGAGAUAUAUAUAU